CGUCGAGGUGGUUGUGGUCCCAUUGCUGGCGGUGACCGUGAUGUGGUUCAAAGAGGCUGCUGGUCGUCACCCAUCAGGCCGGCCUCUAGACAUCAAUCCUCGCCUAGCUAGUAGCUCCUCUCCGCCCCCCGCCACCAGCACCAAAGCUACACGCUGGAGCCCGGAUGCACCGCCAUGCCGACUCUACCAACACCGUGAUAAAUUAUUCACCUACCUGCCCGACUCUUUCAGGAGUUCACCGAGGACCUCGAUAGAAGCAAGUGCGGUGAACUGGAGCCCAUUUCUCGGGCAGACUAUUCCAGCGCCGCCGCUGUGUUUAUUGUUCAAAUAAUGAUCAUUAUCAUCACUAUUAGCCGUGUUAGCGUCGAUGUGGUUGCAUGGAUAUGCUAGUUAGCUGCUAGCUAACGUUAGAUCGCCCAGUGACAGUCCUGCCGGAGGCGGGGAGAUCUUCGAGAUUCAAGAUAGUUUCCAUGCCAGCGUCGGGUCUGGAAAUCCACUACAAUGUCUGUUGACGAAGACACUGUAAAAACUGGUAGCCCACAGGCUACCUCGGCUUCAUCCCUGCAGCUGUCAGAAUGUUCUGGAAGUUGUAGCGGUGUGUCAGUACUGGUGGAAGGUGCCACAGGGGCCACCCGGGUCUUGGCGGCUGCUUGUCCUGUCCCUGGCACCGCUGCCUCACCAAAACACUCUAGCACUGUUGACUCUCUUACGCACUCAAACAGCACUGGAUUGAGAUCCAAAGGGAAUGAGGCUGGCAUCAAUCGCAGGAACAACUUACACCACCCCAAACAGCAUCAACAAAUGAGGGUGACGAAGCGGCGCAACACGUCAAACUUUAGUUUCAAGCAUCCGACUUCUGGUAAAAGACGACGACGGGCAAACUCAGAAAGUGACUCUGUCCUGCCAACUAACUUCCUCUUAGGUGGGAACAUUUUCGACCCACUCAAUCUUAACAGCCUACAGGAUGAGGAGGUUAACCGGGCACUGAAUGCUGAGACGCCAAAAUCCUCCCCGCUGCCCCUAAAGAGUCGAGACCCCGUGGAGAUCCUCAUUCCCAGGGACAUAACAGAUCCUUUGAAUCUGAACAGCAGCAUAGCAGACAGCAGCUUUUUGGUGGCACCUUUAAAGAGUGGCGGAAGGAGGAGGCAUCGCAACAGACAUCACGGGGGCAGCAUUUCAGCUGCACAGUUGGGCUCGUCAGAAUCGGGGAAAAAUGAAGUUAAACCUGGAGAAUCUGCACCAUUUCCUGGUGCACUACCUUCACUUUCUAAUCCAGACGUCUCUAAAGCAUCGAAUAGUGUCUCCUGUGGCGAGGGGGAUUCGCGUGAACACUCUACUGACGACUCCUCCAUUUUGAAGGAGGAGGUGACGUCUAUAUCUGUUGAGGAUUCCACCUCCUCCAUUUCAGGAGGAGCAAAUCAGCACACAAGCAGGCGCAAGCGAAGGCGCAACUCUGGCAAAAUGGACCCCCCUAUGUGUCAGUCUACCCCUGCAGCAAAGUCAACAUCUGGUGAGCAAGAUCAUAAAUCAGGGGGGCACAAAAACUCCUUCCACGCAUCCAGGAGUGGUUGCAAAUCUGGUCCGGCAGGUCGUCAGCAACAGCAGCCACACAACCAGACAAGGGACCAACAGAAAAAGAAAUUCCAGUAUGGGAACUACAACAAAUACUACGGUUACCGCAACCCAAGUGCAAGCGAAGACCCGCGGGUCUGUGUCUUCCGUCCAGAGUGGUUCGAAGGUAAACAUGUGCUGGAUUUAGGCUGUAACUCGGGUCACCUCACGCUCUACAUUGCCAAAAUGCUGCGGCCCGCCCGCAUAUUGGGCUUGGACAUUGACAACGGGCUGGUGCAUGCAGCCCGCAAGAAUAUCAGGCAUUAUCUCUCUGAGCUGCAGACCCAAGAGGCCAGGCGGGCCACACAGGAGAAGGAUGGAGGCCAACAGGAGGACAGUGUUUCAAGCCAGAGUGACAAGAAGCACACAGAAAGAAAGGAAAAUGGGAGUGCACUGAAAGAGGCCACAAAUGACUCUUGUGGCACGGAUGAGGCCAAGACUCCGAGGCGAGACGGCAAACUGGAAGAAGUGGAGCAGGAAAGUUGCGAUAAAUCUGGGAGCUGCUCUUUCCCUUUGUCCCUGCAGAUCUCCCGAGGACCCAUUGCUGCACCUCCUCUUACUGAAACCUCCACCUCACGGCCUGGAGAGUUCCCCUCUAAUGUGUCUUUUAUCAAGGCCAAUUAUGUGCUGCAGAACGAUAAUCUUCUUAUAACUCAGCGUCCCGAGUACGACGUGAUCCUAUGUCUGAGUGUCACCAAAUGGGUUCACCUAAACUGGGGGGACAACGGCCUGAAGAGACUCUUUAAGAGAGUCUACAGACAUCUCCAUCCUGGAGGCGUCUUCAUUCUGGAGCCACAGCCUUGGCAGUCCUACGUCAAGAGGAAGAAGCUGACGGACACCAUCACCAGAAACUUCCACAGCAUCCGCCUCAAGCCAGAUCAGUUUUCAUCCUAUCUGACCAAUGAAGUGGGCUUCACCAGUGUUGAGUUCCUCGGGACACCCAAGAGUUCAUCAAGAGGUUUUCAGAGGCCAAUCUAUUUGUUUCACAAGUGACCCCAUCUGCCUUGCGAGGAUACUGAAUGUGAGUAACCACGCAGCCAGCUGUUGAACUCUUACAUCAGCUGUUCAGACUCUUGACAACGGACAUUCAUUAAGGAGACCAAAAGCGAGGUUCUUGUUUUUUGUUUUUGUUGUUUUUUUGUGAAAAUAAGACUUGUCAAGGUGGUUAUUUCCUCUGACUUCCCUUUUUGCCAAGUGUGAUGCAUGGCGGCGUUGUGCGUUCGGAUACUUUUUGGCUAUAUAACCUUUUAAAUCUUUAUUAAUACUGUGCAGUGUGCCACCACAAAGGCACGUGAAUCUGGGCUGGGUGCUCUUGCCAGUUACCAUUUCAAAAGCAGGUCUGCUCACUUCCAUGAGCUCGGUGCGGCUCAACUUGGGCUAUUGACUCUUUCCAAAGCCAUUAAAAUUAACACAUUGGCCUGAUCACUUUUAAAUUGAUCUCAUAGUUAUGUUGCUGCACAUAUGAUAUAUUUAAAGCUGAAGCACCCAUCUUUUAAAACAUGAAGGGUAUAACAGAUAACAAUGAUCUGAACUUGCUAACCCCACUGCACAAUUGGCAUACUCUUACAUUUUUCAUUAACAAAUGAAAUGUUUGGAUUACAGGGCUUCUUUCUUUCCUCGUGUCAUGCUAUAUUUACAGUUCAGGAGGGAUUAGUUAAAUUCAAAGGGAUGUUCUGAUGCUCCCGUCCUGAUGGUAGGGGGCACAUUUGAGCCACGGUGACAUGAUGCUGGUGUUGUAACCUUGUCCGUGAAGCCAUAGCUCUACUUUUCAUUCUUUUUUGUUGCCCUUGUCCAAAGUGAGCUCAUGAAUGUAGAAUUAAAGCAGAAAACGGACCCAUUGCUACAGCAUCUUGGACAGUUUAAAUUCAAAGCAAGUAAAGCUUCUGUGAUUGCUAAUUACUGGUAAGAUGCCUUUAAAAAAAACAAUUGUAAACUAUUUUGCUGUUAAGGUACUGCCAAAUGUUUUGUGGGUCUUCGCAAAACGCCAUGUUUGGGUUGUUUAGUGCACACAGUUGUUAUUUACUGUCAUUGAUGAUUGCACCUCCAUUACCCUCUUUCAUUCUCACUUAGUGGCGGCUGCUUCAGGCACAUUUUGGAGGAGAAUUUAGUUAAGUGUAUUGAUGUAAAUAAGUUUUGAAUUUGGUUUUAUUCUCGUCACUGUUUUGAGUUAUUUACUGCUUUUGUCUUUUUCUUGUUGAUAUGUGUUUGAGUCAUAGCAGUUUGUUGUUGUUUUGGGGCCCAAACUAGAUCUUUAAUCCAUCUGAUGAAUAUGUAAAUUGCAACUGUGUUUGCUUGGUUCGACCCUAUCCCCAGAAGGCACAUGGAUGGAUAAUUUCAUCAGCAGCUUUUUUUUUUUUUAUAUAAACUGUGUCAAAGUACUCUUAUUGUCUUCAUUCAACAUGUUUUUGACUUUUUAAAAUUUCUUCCCAAUUCAGAUACACUUCCAUCAAAGUCUUUGAUCACGAAAUCCAAAUUCAGGUUAUAUUUAAAACGGAAUUGGCCCAAAUCUAACUUUUCUCCAAAGCUAAGACAAUCGCUUUCUCAGGCUUAGAUCAGUCCUUGGCUGCAAUACUGAGGGUGUUGUUUUUUCCCAAUAUCAUCAAAUAUAAUUUUUCCUUCAGAGCACAUAAUGAGUAUAUUAUUUGCAAAUACUUAAACAUGUUGUAAUGUUUUGCUUGAUUGCACCUCAAUGUCUCAGCAGUGGUGUCUUUUAAGAAAAUGUCAUGUCCAGGUAUUCAAGCUAAAGUGUGUCUUUGCUGCACAUGUAAAAUUACAUGAAAUAUAUAGCACUGUGUAAAAAUGUACUCUCCGUUAUGGGGUUCAUUUGGAUUUUUGUAUGAAAAGGGCAUUUGAAAUUUUAAUACAUAGUAAUAAUACCAGUGGAAUAUUCAGGUUGUAGCAGUGAACUAAUUUUACUGUGCAAAUUUUGCCCUAGCUAAAAGUUACAUUUCCCACAUCGUUUCUCUAGUAAAAUAGAUGCAUAAACUCAAGGGGAUAUGUUUUUUAGCAGCACUAUAUUUCAUGUUUUCAUGUUGAAUUUGCACUGAUGACUUGAAGGAAUUAAAUACAUUUCUUUAGAAAUGAUUUAUGUUUUUCAUAAAUCUUUACAUGUUUUUUUCUUUUCAUUUGGAAAAAAGGAAACGUUUAAUUCCUAUGCCUCUGAGCAACAACGUUUAAGAAUGUUUUUCUGUUGAAAACAUUUGAAUUGAUUAAAAGUGGUUCCAGACA